AUGGCGUCUCGGUAUGACCGGGCAAUCACUGUCUUCUCCCCAGACGGACACCUUUUCCAAGUGGAAUAUGCCCAGGAAGCGGUGAAGAAAGGAUCCACAGCGGUUGGAAUCCGAGGUACUGAUAUAGUUGUGCUUGGAGUAGAAAAGAAAUCUGUUGCCAAGCUUCAAGAUGAAAGAACUGUGAGGAAAAUUUGUGCCCUUGAUGACCACGUUUGCAUGGCUUUUGCAGUGCUCACAUUGUUCAAGGGACUGACUGCUGAUGCUAGAGUGGUAAUAAACAGAGCCCGUGUGGAGUGUCAGAGUCAUAAGCUGACAGUUGAGGAUCCAGUAACUGUAGAAUAUAUAACUCGCUUCAUAGCAACCUUGAAGCAGAAAUAUACACAAAGCAAUGGGCGAAGACCUUUUGGCAUUUCUGCCUUAAUUGUAGGUUUUGAUGAUGAUGGUAUCCCAAGAUUAUAUCAGACUGAUCCCUCUGGUACUUACCAUGCUUGGAAGGCAAAUGCAAUAGGCCGAAGUGCUAAAACUGUCCGAGAAUUUCUAGAAAAGAAUUACACAGAAGAUGCUAUAGCAAACGACAAUGAAGCUAUCAAAUUAGCAAUAAGAGCUUUGCUAGAAGUUGUCCAGUCUGGUGGAAAAAACAUUGAACUUGCUAUAAUAAGAAGAAACCAGCCUUUGAAGAUGUUUAGUGCCAAAGAAAUUGAAUUACAAGUAGCUGAAAUAGAAAAGGAAAAGGAAGAAGCAGAGAAGAAAAAAUCCAAGAAGACUACCUAAUUCUUAGGAUGAUUAGGAGCCUUUAAUGUUUUGUUUUACUCCUUGGAAUUACUUAGUGAAGUUUUAAAGGAAAUAAGUUGGUUUGCAGCAUUCCAUUGAAUAGUUAUAUGCUGUUUUGAGAAUGCCACAUCUGUGGCUGUCUUCAGACUGUUACAUAGACAGACUUACCUUAGUAUGAAGAUAUUCUUUGAAAAGAAAUUUCGGUAAUUGUUGAAAGCAGUCAUAAUUCCAUAUAAGCCUGAGCCUUAUUUAUGCAAA